AAAAUUUUACCAAGUUUAAUGUUAAUUAAUGUACUGUAUCACGUUUAAAGCAAUGUGCUUGUCACCCCGUCGAGGUUGUUUUUAAUGUUCAGGUUAUACAAUAUUUAUUGUGCACACAUUUUCAUGAUAGAAAAUAAGAGAAUAACGUGAAAAUGAAUAGCUAACAAAUUAUCGUAAAUAACUGACAACCGCUUGAAAAACACGUGCACUAAGAACGUGUAAAGGGCGAAACUUACCAAUUAUGGUACAAAAUGUUAAAUGGUAACACUGAAUAACGACGCUAUAGUUUCGCGACUGAACUAUCUUGAUGGCAAGUCUAUAAGCUGUACCCGUCAUUGCAGACUAAUCAACCGUUAAUCUAUGUACCUUGAAUGUUUUCUUUUUUGUCCGUCGUCUCAACCAAGAGACAAAAACGAGACUUUGCCUUAUACUUUUCUACCCUUUAAGCCAUACUCAGAUACUGGUGUACAAUAAAAAGGUUAUUAAUUUUAUGAAAAUUGAACUUAAAUAUUAAACUGCUUAUUUAGUUCGAUUUAUAUUACGAAAAAGUGCAAAAGUAUGCUUGAAGAACAGUUUGAUUUGAACCUUCACCAACCAAAAACUAAAGAGGACCCGAUGUCCCACCGAAUUAUUGAAAAACGACGACGUGACCGUAUGAAUAGUUGUCUGGCGGAUCUGUCUCGAUUAAUUCCUGCAGAAUACAUGAAAAAAGGCCGUGGGCGUGUGGAAAAGACUGAAAUUGUGGAAAUGGCCAUCAAACACAUGAAACAUCUUCAAUCACACGUGUCACUAUCUGGUUGUUUUCAACCAUGUGAUAAAAAACAACAGGAAUCUGAUAAUUUAGAAAAACCACCACCACCACCAGAGUCAAUGGAAAAAUCUAUGUUGAUUACAGAACAAUAUAAAAUGGGAUUUUUCGAAUGUUUAACUGAAACAAUGCAGUAUUUAGUUGAAGGGCAUGGUUAUUCACCUAGACAUGGUUUAUGUUUAUCACUUAUCAAUCAUUUACAAGAACACUGCGCCCAAGUCAUCAAAUGCAAACAAGUUGUUCGCGAUGUGGUAAAAGAUAAAUUUAUGUUAGAAGUUAAUAGAUUCAACGCAACUAUGCUAAUGAAAACCGAAGAAAAAUGUGAUGCUUUAUUUGAAGAAAACAAUCAACUCAGUGAUAUGACUUCAAAGAGCUCUAAAUCACAAUCUUCUUCUAAUACUUUCAACGACCAAAUUUUACCGGAUCGUUACAUAAAUCAUAACAACAAUAUGAUAUACACUGACUUGCAUUCAUCUAAUGGUUCCAUGUACAAGUUCAAGACUGAUAUCAAACAACGGUUCAGCGCAGAAAACAGUGGGUACAGUUUAGAUGAAUUUUACACACAAGAUAGAAAACGAAGCCGAACAGAAUCAGCGAUUGGAAAUGAAGACAAUCAAAAAGUUCCAAUAUUCGCUUUACACGCCAAUGGGUCGUACUAUAUACCUCUAACAAUAAAUAGACAAAUAAUAUCACCAAUUUUAGAUAGCGUUAUCACCGAAAACCCGUCAUCAGUCAUAGUACACCCUAUUUCAAUAUCAGUUAACUUUCAAUCAAAUAUCCCAUUAUAGUCUUUUAGGUCUCAUCAAUUAACCAAAGUUAAGGUAUUUAAUGUAAAAGUUUUUGCUGAUGUCAAAGAUCCGACAGUCAAAGUUGUAUAAAAUUAUUUCACCUAAAAUGAGAAAAGCCUUCUAUUAUAAGACCUGCUGACAAAUUUAAAUUUAGUUAAUUUUAAAAAUUGAAUGAUAACGUUAAUCUUUAAAUGUAUUUUGUUUAUAUGUAUUUGUGUGCUGAAAAAUACACUUAUGAAUUAUUUAGUUUUGUAAGAAAUGGCGACUAUUUUAAUGUUAUGCGGGGAAAAAUACUGAAUUUAUAUGUUUUUAAUUAAUAAUAAAUAGUAUACAUUUAAGGAGAAUAACAAAUUUGAUAGUAAGUAAAAAUUAAAGUGGAAAUAUUUUUAAAUUUUUAAUAUUACACUUAUUUUUACAACUGAUCUAUAUAGCAAAUCUAUCAAUGACGUAACUUAACAAGUCUUUAAUAAAUUAAAAAAAAAAAAUAGUUAUUAAUGUUGAGUAUAAAAUGUACAAAUAUUGCAAAGUUUAUGAUGAUUUCUUUGAUCCUUAUACUUACUACAAAAAAUGUCUAUACUUAAUAUUACUUUAUGAUACCGAUUUUUUUAAAUUAUGAGAAAUUGUUUAGUCGAGACAUAUAAUUGUGAAAUAAUAUUUAAUUUGUAUUAUUGCCGAAUGAUUCAAAUUAAGCGCCAUUAAAAUUAUGUAUUUUCGGUUUAUUUUUAAUAAAUUAAUGCUAUUUUAUGCAACUAAUGUGUUU